GUUGGUGAGCUCGGCGCCUUCAGGUCCUGCGGCGGCGCCUGUGAGGCACCCGGGCCGCGGGGCGGAGGCGCGCGGUGCGCGGCCGUAGGCGAUGGUGGGCGUCCCUGGAGCGGCCGCCUUCCAGAGGCCUCAUUAAGUUGCUGAGACUGGCCUCCAACUUGUUUUCCUGCCUCUGCCGCCCGUGUAGCUAGGAUUACAGGAGCAGGUUCAGUAUUGGCUACCUCAAUAUUUGUGGCAGUAGCAAGGAUUAUUACUGAACUUGGUCUGUUCACUGCAGGAUGGAAGCCAAUUAGUCAAGAGAGGUCUCAUCUGUGUAGCGCGGGCUGACUUCAAACUCUUGGGCUCAAGUGAUUGAAAGUCUCAGCCUCCUGAGUAACUGGGACUACAGUUGGUUCUGAGAAAAGGGUACCAGCAAUGCCUGGAUCGCCUGUGGAAGUGAAGAUACAGUCAAGAUCCUCACCUCCUAUCAUGCCGCCCCUUCCACCUAUAAAUCCUGGAGGACCAAGGCCGGUGUCCUUUACUCCUACAGCAUUAAGCAAUGGCAUCAACCAUUCUCCUCCUACGCUGAAUGGCGCCCCAUCACCACCACAGAGAUUCAGCAAUGGUCCUGCCUCUUCUACUUCAUCUGCACUAACAAAUCAGCAAUUACCAGCCACUUGUGGAGCUCGGCAACUCAGCAAGUUGAAACGCUUUCUCACCACUCUGCAGCAGUUUGGCAAUGACAUCUCCCCUGAGAUUGGGGAGAAGGUUCGGACUCUCGUUCUUGCACUGGUGAACUCAACAGUGACAAUUGAAGAAUUCCAUUGCAAGCUCCAAGAGGCCACAAACUUUCCCCUUCGUCCUUUUGUGAUUCCAUUCCUCAAGGCCAACCUGCCCCUGCUGCAGCGAGAACUGCUGCACUGUGCCCGGGCUGCCAAGCAGACCCCAUCCCAGUACCUAGCUCAGCACGAACACCUUCUGCUCAACACCAGUAUUGCGUCUCCUGCUGACUCUUCUGAGCUGCUCAUGGAGGUACAUGGAAAUGGCAAAAGGCCCAGUCCAGAGAGAAGGGAAGAGAGUAAUUUUGAAAGAGAUACAAUUCCUCCUGAGCCUCCUGCCAAGAGAGUGUGUACCAUCAGCCCUGCUCCUCGGCACAGUCCUGCCCUCACUGUACCCCUCAUGAAUCCUGGGGGCCAGUUCCAUCCUACUCCUCCACCUCUUCAGCACUAUACCUUAGAAGAUAUUGCAACUUCUCACCUAUAUCGGGAUCCCAACAAGAUGCUAGAACAUCGAGAAGUUCGUGAGAGGCACCACAAUCUUAGUCUAAAUGGAGGCUAUCAGGAUGAGUUGGUAGACCACCGUUUGACAGAAAGGGAAUGGGCUGAUGAAUGGAAACAUCUUGACCAUGCCCUGAAUUGCAUUAUGGAAAUGGUAGAGAAAACGAGGCGCUCCAUGGCAGUUUUGAGGCGUUGUCAGGAAUCCGAUCGGGAAGAACUCAACUACUGGAAAAGACGAUUUAAUGAAAACACAGAGAUGAGGAAAACAGGGGCCGAGUUGGUCUCCAGGCAGCACAGCCCUGGGAGUGCAGAUUCUCUCAGCAGUGAUUCUCAGCGGGAAUUCAACAGUAGACCAGGAACAGGAUAUGUACCUGUGGAGUUCUGGAAGAAAACGGAAGAAGCUGUGAAUAAGGUGAAAAUUCAGGCCAUGUCAGAAGUACAGAAGGCCGUUGCUGAGGCUGAGCAAAAAGCCUUUGAAGUGAUUGCAACAGAGAGAGCACGUAUGGAGCAGACCAUAGCAGAUGUGAAACGGCAGGCUGCAGAGGAUGCUUUCCUUGUCAUCAACGAGCAAGAAGAGUCAACUGAGAACUGCUGGAACUGUGGCCGCAAAGCCAGUGAGACUUGCAGUGGCUGCAAUAUCGCACGGUACUGUGGCUCUUUCUGCCAGCACAAGGACUGGGAGCGGCACCACCGCCUCUGUGGCCAGAGUCUGCAUGGCCAGAGUCCCCACAGCCAGAGCCGGCCACUGCUUCCUGGAGGGAGGGGCUCCUCGGCCAGGUCUGCUGACUGCAGUGUGCCCAGCCCAGCCCUGGAUAAGACCUCGGCAGCCACUUCACGUUCCUCAACUCCUGCCUCUGUGACAGCCAUCGAUGCCAAUGGACUCUAAACCUCAGACUCCACUUCUCUGAUGACCACUCGGCACGACAGAACCCUUGCACCAAAGGGCUUGGCUGUUGGAAUAAGUAACUGUUGGGUCAUCAGCUAGAAAUGCGGUGGCAGCAGGAAGUGCCCAGGCAGCACUCCAUGGCCUCUCUGGGACUUCCUCUGUGUCCUGGUGGAACUAGUGCCAUUCUCUGCACACAGGCAGCCAGCUGAGCUGCCUCCUCUGGGGGCUUUCAUGGCGUGUUCCUUCCCAGCUGAAGCUGGCUUGGCCAAGCCCUUCGCAGUGUAGACCACCCGCUUCCCCGGCUCCUUGAGUCAGCAGACUGACCUAGUGACAGCCAGGCUGGCAACAACUUGCCAUGCACCGUCUCCCACCCUGUUCGUGACACAGACCUAGAGGCUGGCAGCAGCUGAGGAGGAGGAUCCCCUCUCCCACUGAGCAGUUGCUUGAGCCCCUUUUCCACCUUCAGCAGGUGACACUGAUUGGCUUCACAGGGAUGUGGGUAUGCAAAAAGCAUCACUCAGGACUCCGUCCUCGACCCUGCUGUUCAGACUUAAGAUGCUCAGAAAAGACAGGAAAGAAGUCAUCACUUCAAUAAAAGCGCCCGUAAUAAUAAAAAAAAAAUAAAUAAAUCUUCCCUAAGCAACACAGAUCAUUUUGGACAAGAUUUCCCAACCUGGCUGGCUACUUUCAUUUGGAACCCAUUUUUCUCCCUCUCACUUGAUUUUGCUUGUGCAGAAAAUAUUUUCCAGCGCAUGGAUUUGUCCAAGAGAGAAUGAGACUCCAUUGUGUUAGUCUUUUUUCUCUCUAAGCAUGUUGACCAAACUAUUAUCAUCAAAUUACUGAGUGGAUCAUCUCUUGGAAAUGCAGAGCCUUCUGCCCUUGCCUGGCUGUUUGCCCAAUUAUCUCAUUCUGUGUCCUUUUUUCUCUCAGACCACACAUGUCCAGAGCACUGUGGGCAUCUUCUGCCCACGGGCUCUGUUUGGCACCUUUAGGCCACAGUUGACCCACCGGAUGUGCCGUGAUAUGUGUUGGACUUGCCCCACCCAUCAUGGCGUGUUCUUCUCUGAGCAGCCCUCCUGGACCUGAAGGAAUGAAUUCUUUAGACCUGCUACAUUCAUUCAUUAUCAGGCACAGUCUCAGUUUACCUUCUCUUAUCUGCUCAGUACCUUCCCUGUGAUCUCAGCAAGGUUUUGUGAAGUGUGAGAACCAUUUAGGAAAGCAUGACCAAUUUUUCCUCCUGUCUUCAGGGAGUUUUGCAGCUGCUUACCUGGUUCUCCAAAUUUGACAUCACCUGUGUCCCUUUCAGAGUGGUAGCCGCUGCCUCACAUGUUCUUCCCUGCCCCUCCUACUCAGCACCUCUGAGCCUCCAGUGUCCUCCCAUCCUGUGGAAUCAUUGGGGCGAGGUGGUAGGCCUUGUUCCUGCUGGCUUGAGAGCCACCUUCACACUGACAGUUUGAAGGAAAGGCAUGGGUACAAGUGGUGUCCUUGCAUAUAGGUGCAUCAACCUUUAGAACUCCCUGAUUCACCUGACCAAGGAUUUCUGGUCUCAGACACAAAUACAUGACACCUUUAAAAUACCUAGAUUUCCAUUGUAUAAAGCAAGGUAGACGCAGAAGAACAGAGAAUCAUGCUACUUUACCUUGGAACACCGAAGACCACUGUCUUCCAGUCGAGCUGUGUAGCUGUCCCCACCACCACUGCCUCCUGAGCCCUAGCAGCUGGGGCAGCCUGGCUUUACCAGGCAUGGCGUCAGUCCUCAGAGGGCUCACCCACGUUUCCAUAAGAAGUGGGGUAUCUCCUGAAAAGGCCAUUGAGCCUCUAACUCGAUUAUAGAAAGAUGGUGUCUCACGUUGUAUGCUGGGUCUGUCCUCAGGUUAUUUUUCUUCAUCAGUAAGUUGGAUGAACACCUGCACAGCUCUUUAAAAUCUUCACUGGCAACAAGACUAGCCAGGGUAGCUCAGGUUUUUUAACUGGCUGGAAUAAAGAGACCAAACCAACAAAAUAAUACUUAAUAGGACUUGAGGUUUGGGUGAAGGACCUGGCCUACUUCUGCGGGCUCUGAUUCCAAGUCUUCGUACUGCUGUUCUCGACUGUUGCUCAUUGAGACCUGGCGGGCCAUCUGCACACCUGGGCAGUAUUCCACACCACGGUUAGUUCACAGACCUUUCCCUGUGUUAAUUCUGACCAGUGUCACACAUAAGUCACUUGGGCGUUUGUACAGGACUUCCUACUCAAACUUAAGGAAUCCCUUUCUCUGGUCCCUUUUUGUAAGGGAAGGAGCAGCAUGUAGGGUGAGGUAGGUGGCCCGGGGGACAGGAGUGAGUCCAGGUCCCAGGAUAGGGUUGAGCUGAAGUCUCCCCACUCUUACCUCCACUAGGAUAUGAAAGUAGUAUGGGUAUAAUGAGGCCGCUUGGAGGUCUGGCCUCUACCCUUAGAAUUUAAGGGAACAAAAAAGGCCAAGAGGGGUUGGGGUGAUGGUAUGAAAGGUGGCAGGUCAGUCCUAGGCUCUUAGAUGUUAUGGAAACCAGAAGCAGAGAGUGUAAGGCCAGUGACACUGAUGAGUGGUGGAACCUCGUAGUCCUUUGCCGGAUAAAGGACUGCAGGAAGAUGAGAACGCCAGUGGUGGCCAAAGUGGGAGCUGGCUGCAUUUUUUGUUGUUGUUUGGUUUUUUUUUUGGUCCCAGGGAUUGACCUCAGAGACGCUUUACCACUGGCCACAUCCCCAGCCCUUUUUAUUUUCUAUUUUGAGACAGGGUCUUGCUGAGUUGCUUAUUGGGGCCUCCCUAAAUAAAUUGCUGAGGCUGGCCUUGAACUCGGGAUCAUUCUGCUUCAGUCUCCCAUGCCACUGGGAUUACAGGCAUGCAUCACCAUGCAUGGCUUGGAACUGACCAAGUGUCCCAAGGGAUAGUUGAGGGCAGGAUGUCUCUGUCCCGGUGGUUCUGUGUCCCCUCACGCCUGCACUGUGUGCAACUCCACGCAGCAGUGAAGAUGACUCCAGCUGUGCAGGUCCACCCUGUGAGGAGGGGCCUUCGCCUUGGAGGGUCCCUGCAGCCCAGGGCUGAGACUCCAGCAGAUCUGCGCAGGCUGCUAGGGCCCAGAUUGGGUGGGUCAUUCCUAGGGCACUGCCGAGUUGUGUCUGCCAAUAGAUCUGCGUCUGGGAACCUCAGGUCUGCCCCUGGCAUCGGCUGCUGCCUUCAGUGUGGACCCCUUUGCCUGUCUGCCAGUCAGUUUCCCCAGAACUCGUCAUUUCUUGAUGUCAACCUGUACAUCUUUAGCUUCCAGACAGAAACAUCUACGUGUUGCUGGCUUUGCACAGCCCUGUCCCAAAGUUGAAAUGAUCGCCAACCUAUCACCUGCUCACAAAGGGUGUAGACAUUGGUCUGGAUCAUUCUGGAAGAUAUCAGCAAGUGUGUUUGAAGGUUCCACAAUACACUUGGAAUGUGUGGUAGUGAGUUGUCCAGAGUGAGCAUAACAAACCACCAGAUGGCCACUUGUCCUGGAAGCUGUGGAGGGAUGUGGAUGGAAUAAAUCAUCACCGGUGCCACACUUCUUAGGGACUUUCUUCAGAACUGGACUAGAACCAAGGUUCAAAGGCUGUGAAUUCCCAGCCAGCUUUUUAGAUGGCUUCUACUUGGGUGGCAGCAUGUUUGAACCAAAUGUGAGAAAAGCCAGAAGGACCUGGACUGUUCCAGCACAGGCCAGAUGGCCAGCUGUCAGAGAAGAGGUCUGCCUGGCCCAGCCGGGAGACGGGGCCAGCUACUCAGCAGGGCCCUUCUGACUUGAGUAUAGUCCUGUGAGACCAAAAUGCUGCCUGCCGGCCUCUGCCCCAGUGCACUGACCACUCCUUCCCAAAGAUGAUGGGGCCGGUGCCCUUCCCACCAGGACAGGAGUUGGGAAGCCUGAGGGCAGGCCCCCUCCAAGCCACAGGAAUGGCGCUUCCCAUGCACACCCCGUCUGGUCAGGCCUCCCACUGCCAGUGUGUACUCUCAUUGAUGCUUAAACCAAAUAGGGCGUGUGUGGCUGGUGUCUGCCAGGGACAGCCCCGUCCCUGCCUUGGAGUCAGCAGAGAGAAGCAGCAAUAAGCAUUCGGUGAAUGGUGGAAAGGCCCACAUGGCUUUCCAAGUUCCUGAUAAGGUUACAAAGGCUCCGUCCACAAAAGAGUUGGUAAUGUAAAUAAAUAGAAAACUAAGCCUCCGAGCCGGGUUUUCAAAGGGGGACAUGAAUGUGAAACCACCCACAGAAUGCGUUAGUCUGGUUUUCUGUGCUUGUCAUUUUACUCUGAUAGGAACUUUUGUUACUUAACUGUGCAUAACUUAUUUAAUGUACUGUAUAAAUGAACCAAAACUGUUAAAUAUGUAUUUAGUUUGUUCUACUCAAAGUAGUCAAUAAAAAGGCUAUAUUCCU